CAGGUCCGCCAUAUUGUCUGCUUAAGCUGCCGCUGAAGCUGCCGCCGCUGCCGCCGCCAAAUAGGAGCGAGCGGAGCCGCGAUGGAGACCAUGGCGAGCCCAGGGAAAGACAAUUAUCGAAUGAAAAGCUAUAAGAAUAAUGCCCUAAACCCUGAAGAAAUGAGACGAAGAAGAGAAGAGGAGGGCAUUCAGCUCCGGAAACAGAAACGGGAGCAACAACUUUUUAAACGGAGAAAUGUGGAGUUGAUUAAUGAAGAAGCUGCCAUGUUCGAUAGUCUCCUCAUGGAUUCCUAUGUGAGCUCUACCACUGGGGAGAGUGUAAUCACAAGAGAGAUGGUGGAGAUGCUCUUUUCUGAUGAUUCUGACCUGCAAUUAGCAACCACACAGAAAUUCCGGAAACUGCUCUCCAAAGAGCCUAGUCCUCCAAUUGAUGAAGUCAUCAACACUCCAGGAGUCGUGGAUCGGUUUGUGGAGUUUCUGAAGAGGAAUGAGAAUUGUACAUUACAGUUUGAAGCUGCCUGGGCACUAACAAACAUUGCCUCUGGAACCUCCCAGCAGACCAAAAUUGUCAUUGAAGCAGGGGCUGUCCCCAUUUUUAUAGAGCUGCUUAACUCAGAUUUUGAAGAUGUACAGGAACAGGCAGUCUGGGCACUGGGAAACAUAGCUGGAGACAGCUCCGUUUGCCGAGAUUACGUCUUGAAUUGUUCCAUCCUUAAUCCUUUGUUAACACUCCUUACCAAGUCCACACGACUGACAAUGACACGGAAUGCAGUCUGGGCCCUGUCAAACCUCUGCCGAGGGAAGAACCCGCCCCCAGAAUUUGCAAAGGUCUCCCCUUGUUUGCCUGUGCUGUCUCGCCUACUCUUCAGCAGCGACUCAGACCUGCUGGCAGAUGCUUGCUGGGCCCUUUCUUAUCUCUCCGAUGGCCCCAAUGAAAAGAUACAGGCGGUCAUAGACUCUGGAGUCUGCCGGAGAUUGGUAGAGCUUCUAAUGCACAAUGAUUACAAAGUGGCUUCUCCUGCCCUGAGAGCCGUAGGUAACAUCGUCACCGGAGAUGACAUCCAGACCCAGGUCAUUCUUAACUGUUCUGCCCUCCCUUGCCUCUUACAUUUGCUGAGUAGCCCAAAGGAGUCAAUCCGGAAGGAAGCUUGCUGGACCAUUUCAAAUAUCACUGCUGGCAACAGGGCUCAAAUACAGGCUGUCAUAGAUGCAAACAUCUUUCCUGUAUUGAUUGAAAUUCUUCAGAAAGCAGAGUUCCGUACAAGGAAAGAGGCAGCAUGGGCCAUCACUAAUGCCACUUCAGGAGGAACCCCUGAGCAGAUCAGGUACCUGGUCUCACUGGGCUGCAUCAAACCCCUCUGUGACUUGCUGACUGUGAUGGAUUCAAAGAUUGUGCAAGUGGCCCUCAAUGGACUGGAGAACAUCCUUCGACUUGGAGAACAAGAGGGCAAGCGCAGUGGCUCAGGGGUCAAUCCCUACUGUGGCCUCAUUGAGGAAGCCUAUGGCUUGGAUAAAAUUGAGUUUCUCCAGAGCCAUGAGAACCAGGAAAUCUACCAGAAGGCCUUUGACCUCAUUGAGCACUAUUUUGGCGUAGAAGAUGAUGAUAGCAGCCUGGCUCCCCAAGUGGAUGAAACGCAACAGCAAUUCAUCUUCCAGCAGCCCGAGGCCCCUAUGGAGGGCUUCCAGCUAUAAUGUCUGCCUUCGGGGAGGGGAAGGGGAUGGGAAGCACCACCAACCAGCGGAAAAGCAGCCCUCUGGUGGGCGGGAAAGCAGCCCCCCACCAUCAGCCGCCACACACCUCUGCUGCCCUGGAGACUGUGCUCUUGACCUGCUCCGCCCCCUUCCCUGGAGGGAGCACCCUCUGGACAGACAGAACCAUCUGAGGCUCACAUUUGGGUUUUGUGACAAGAAGGGGACGUGUUGGGUUUUUCUUCCUUACACUAUAUUUUGGCUGCACACAUGUCUUUAACCCAGGAGCCCAGGGGUAGAUAAAGGAGGACUGAGGUAAUCAAUUUUGCACCUUUUUUUAUUUUUAUUUUUUUCUUUAGUGGUGACUUCCUUCCCUUUUAUCUUUCUUCAUCCUUCCCAGUCCUCUGCCCUGAUCUGUGUAACUCUUAUCUUGGGUACUUGAGCAGAUGGAAUAUUCCAGAGGUGGGGGUGGGGGGUGGGAGAGGAGGGGAGAAAUCCAAAACCAAGUGUUCUUGCUCUGACAGAAUAUUAAUCUUGUAUGCUUGGAUUGAGUUAUUUAAGUUUUUUUCUUUUGCACAUUUUUCUUGUAUUAAGAUUGCUCUUUCCAAGAGCCAUGAGUUCCUGGUUUUAGGAAUCCCAACUGCCAGCAUUGUCUGGGACGAGAGGCUGAGGAGGGAGGUUACCAUGAGACAAAGACCUCUUCCUCUAACCCCUUGCCCAGACCUCUCUAGUUUGGGAGAGCCCCCUCUCUCUCCUGGAGCAAGGAUACCAGUGGGAGUGGAGGGGAGGAGCACAGGCCUCAGACAGGGCUUCCCAUGUGUCGCUACUGAUCCAAUGUUUCCUACCCACCUUCCAAUGGUGCGACCCAGCUUCAUUUGUUUACUUGAAAAUUCCCCCUCAGAGUUGAAUGAAUCUCUGAGGUAGCUGUAUUUUCUCCUAAGCAUGAGACAGGGGGUGUGGUCCUUCCUUUCUCCUGAGGAGAAAGUCCUUGCUCUGGUGACCCAUAAGUUACAGAGGAGGUUGGAGUGAGAGUGUCAUGUAUUUGGAUAGCCAGGGAUCCCUGUCUUUGGCCUUUCUUCUUCCUCUUCCAUAGCUGGAUCAUGUAUAUUUUACUUCCAAAGGAGAGAAUGUCAAAAAGUUCUGUAUUUUUUUAUAUUCUAUAUAUUAGGUAGGUCAAUCUUGAUUGGUCUUAAGAGGAAGAACUGUCUGUAAUUUCUGUGAGUAGGAUACUGUGAGGAAGACCAAAAAGAGAUGUGGAAGCUCCCUUGCUCAGAAGGUCUGAGCUUGGUCUUUUUCUUCUCUGCUGUAUUCUGGGCUACCACCUGGGACCAACCCUUGGCUCUGGAACCUUCAUAUAGCAGGCCACCUUGGUCUGAAGGGAGCAAGGAUGGCCCCAGGGCCUGGUGAAGUCUACCACUCUAAUCCUUACUGCUGAGCAUCUUGCUUACAUCAGAAACCCAGAAAGCUGUCUGCCUUCUCCCCUUCAGUCUCAAAGAUCCUCGUCCACUUAAAUUAGCACUCACUGCUGUCUCUCCUGUUAUCUCAGAAAGUUUGCAGCUUCAGUACUUUCAUGAGACUUCCUGAUACCUUCCCUGUUUUGGGACCCUUGCAUCUGGUUUGGGUCUUGCCCCUUCUUGUGACAAUUAUAAUCCUAAUGCCUUUCCUUUCUCUUUGAGUAAAACUAGUAUGGUGCCUCAGUGGCUUGCCUAUGCUUCCGUGCUUUACGUAUGACAGUGGAGUCCAGUGUGGGGAGGAAUGAGGUGGAGAAAGUUGUCAGGUAAGCGUAGACCAACUGUGUUGCUGAAGGCACGAUAGGGUCAGCUGCUGCCUCCCCGUGUGGUCCAUCAGUGGUGUCCUCCCAAGCUGUACUUUUCCUUCCCCAGAAACGUGCUAUGCUUGCUUCCACUCCUGUACAUCCCUUCUGGCUCAGGUAAAAUAUAUGUCUCUCUGCUUACAGAUCUAUAGUUCAGGUGCUCACGGUCAGCCAUGGGUCUUGAUUUACCCUGUCCUAGUGUUGAGCUCCACCUCUAGAGCCAUUUUCUGAGGAAGGUAGUUUGGGGCUAGUGAUUGUCACCGAGAAGUCACACCAAUGCUGUGCCACCUCAGUGAGUCGAUGCCAUUAUUGGGCAUGGCGAUGCUCUACCAGUCCCAAAGCAGGCAAGGGCCAUUUUCACUUGGCCUGCUGACUCCAUUACAGAAUUCUUUCCCUGCACUUCAAAGAAAAGUCCCCUCACACUCUUGUUGCAGAGCAUUUUAAAGGGCAGAGCAUCUGCUUUGUACGUCUCAAGCAGUAGUUAAGUCCGUGACGUUGGGGCUGAAUUCUUAUUGUGAGACAUCCUGCUUUUCCACCUGUUCCUGCAAAAUCUACUUCCACUUCAGAUCUGGGCCCUAUACCAGAUUGAAGUUUUGUGUUUGUUUUUUUAUUAUGUUGACAUCUGGCUGCUACUUACAGUCAGUUUUCUCCAAGGACUUCAAAGGCUGAAAUAGUCCAGGGCACGAUCUGAGGACAGAUUUCUCAUCAGAAGAAAAUGGAGCUUUCCUUUGCUAGUGUCUUCCCCAGACCAUGUUUUCCACUAUCUUCCUCUAACUCCCUUUCAGUCAAUAGGUGAAAUUCUUGCAGCCCAUAGAGGCUGUAGCUUCAAUAUGUGUCUUCUCUCCUUUGGCCAUCUUGGGAAGCAAAAUGUUACUUUUUCCCCAAGUUUGCCAGCCAAGCAGCCCCCUACCUGGACUUCAGAUCUUGGUCUUGGUGAGUUCAACGACUUCCUGGCAAAUUUCUGGAUGGAUAUUACAGGGAUGGAGGGACUCCCCAGCAUGCUGUAGAGAAUAGUCUGAUGAUACAUGUUUUUGGAUUCUCCGGAUGUUGGCACAUGACUGGGUAUUCAUUUUAAGGUCUUUUGUUAGAGGUAGGGGUAUCUAGGUUUGGAUUUAGGGGCAAGGCCUUUUUCUUAAAGUGUUCAGACUAUGUUGAACAGUGCCAGCUGUUCUUUAUUGCCAACCCUCUGGGAUUCCCACCCUCAAAUAACCUUCUGUAAUACUAACAGGGUCUCUGGCCUCAGAAGCCUGUCUUCAGUUCCCAGCUCUCCGGUGAUUUCAACCUUUCGUUAGAACCUCAUGGGUUCCACCCUCAGUUGGCCAUCAUGGUUACUUGGAAUAGUGGGUACAAAUGACCCUUCCAAGGAACAGUUGUUGAUGACCUCAGCUUUCAGGGACCCUUGGUGUUUCCCCUUACCUCGAAUCCUUAGAUCCGCUCCUAUUUUCUUUGCACUGGGAUCCACCUUUCUGGACCCUUAUUUUGGGUUGCUGAACCACACAUUAUAGCUGCUACCAUACUUAGUCAUAUAAGAAUGAAAGAAGGCUCUCAAGCACUGCUUUCUGUUUCUCUCCAGCCAGACCAAUUUAAAAUGAACACUCUCCAGUAGCAUGAAUUGGAUUUCCUCUUUUUUGUUUUGUUUUGUUCCCAGUUUGUAGCAAACUAGAAGGAAAGUAGAUGGAAGCAGUACUUCCCUUCUCAUCCUACGUAUGUUCCUCAUUGAAGGCCUUGGCUCAUUUGUUCUUCCCUAGACUCACUCAGCUAGGUAUUGUGGCUGCUCCUCAAUAGUCAUCGUGUGGCCUCAGAUUCUGGAUUCUCAGUUUUAAGACUGAGAGCCAGAUUCUCCAGGUUCCUGCAGGCACUACAGGGACCUAGUAGGGAGAAACGACCUAGUAGUGGAGGCCUCAGGAAUGUGUGCCUGUUUGCCCCCACUGCAGGCUGGAGGAGGGUAUAAGGCUCAGGACACUGAUCAUAGGAAAUUCUUAUAAACAGAAGCAGCAUCUUCCAGUUAGAACCACCCUAGAAGUGAGUGUGAGACUGAGAAAUUGCUCAGAGUAGGGUUCUUCCACAGCUGUUUCGGGAUAACACAUUCUAGUUCAAUCUUAUCCAGUAUUUUUUCUGCAUUUUAACUUUUAGAAUAUUUUAUUAAGCCAGCAAGCUAAGAAUAUGGCCCUGCAGGGACACAUGUGGUAGUCACUAGCUGCUCUUUCACCCAAAGGUCUUCAUAAGUCAUCAGUCAUCCCACUUUUCUGUCUUCUAGCACCACCCCCAGUUGAUGGCAAGGGAACAAUUUGAGGUCAGUACCAACCAAGUCAUUGAAUUAAAGCUGUUAUUUUUCCUCUAAGAGGGCAUUUUCCAUCAGGCCUGUGCUAUGUGUAGAACCAAAACUAAGUGUGAAGAGGCAACGUUCAGUUUUGGGCCCAGAACACCCCAGGAGAAAGAUUUGUAUAAUGUGCUUUAAAGGUCUUCAGUUGAUUUGGGCCUUACCUCACUUUGGGGGUCCACAUUAGCACAUACCUGAACCCCUCUGCUAAACACUAGCCCUAGUUAUGUCAGAUUUUCACUGCCUUGCAGUGAAGAAAGGUCAAAUCUCAGAGCCUGAACCUGGCUGGAAACCUGUCAUUCAGAAAUAAUCCUGUAUGCGGACCCUUAGGCCUUUGGGUAUUGGCUUUUUUGGCUAUCUUUUGUGGGAACUGUGUGAACAAUGAAAGAAGCCAAGGGGUAUGGAUCCCAGCCACACAAGAUAGAUUGAAUGUUCCUCAAGAACAGCUUGGAUUCUCAGCUAUAAACCCUAGGAAGGUGAAUCAAACUCUUUCCUGACUGGUUUUUCUUUUCAAAUUCAUUUGCCUUUAGUUUUCCAAGAACUAUAAACUCUGGCUCUUUUCCGUGUUCUCAGGGCCCCUGGGUAGACAGACAAAGCUUGAUGAUUUCAGAGCAGACAUAGGCCAAGAAACCGUGGCAUUGAGUGUGCUGAGUCCAGACAAAUGAUAUUUAUAUACACAUCCAAAUUUGAAGAGAAAGUGUAUUUCUUUAGGUUUUAAACACUGUAAUAGAUAAUAAAGCAAAAAUAAAAACAUGUUGCAAAGUUCUAAAUCGUCUUUU